AUGAAGGUGCUUGUUGAAGAAAAUGCAGGUGUGAGAAAAGUGAUACUAAAUAGACCUAAGAAAUUGAAUUCCCUCACCUAUGAAAUGAUUGUGGAGAUGUUAAAGAAGUUCAAAGUGUAUGAGAACGAUCCUAUGGUCAAACUCGUGAUUUUAAAGGGAAAUGGAAGAGCAUUUUCUGCCGGUGGUGAUGUUCUUGCCGUAUAUAAUUUUACAACUGCAGGACACUGGAGCUUUGCUGCAAGUUUUUACAGGAAACAACUCACUUUAGACUACUUACUUGCGACAUAUAAAAAACCCCUGGUUUCAAUUUUAAAUGGGAUUGUAAUGGGUGGAGGUGCUGGACUGUCCAUGCAUUCAAGAUUUCGAAUUGUUACAGAGAAUACUUUAUUUGCUAUGCCAGAAGCGUCAAUAGGGCUUUUUCCAGAUGUUGGUGCAUCACAUUUCCUAUCUAGGCUUCCAGGCUUUUUUGGAGAGUAUUUGGGGCUGACUGGAGCCAGGUUAGUUGGAACUGAGAUGCUAGCAUGUGGCCUUGCAACUCAUUUCAUCCUUGCAAAGGAUCUUGUUUCAUUGGAAAAUGCAUUACGUGUGGUGGGUUCAUUGGAUGUAUCAGAUAUAUCAACAAUUUCUGAUAUUAUUGUCAGAUUUGUUCACAAAGUACACAUCAAACAAGAUAGCGCAUACUCAAGAUUGGAUAUUAUCAAUGAAUGCUUCUCAAGAGAAACAGUUGAAGAAAUUUUAUUAUCAUUGGAGAAUUUUUCAGCAAACCGGGAAGAAAAAUGGAUCAUCAAGGCAAUAAAUUAUAUGAAGUCAGCUUCUCCAACAAGCCUUAAACUUUCUCUAAGAUCGAUCAGGAAAGGUCGGAUACAGAAACUUGAGCAGUGUCUUAUUCACGAAUUUAAUGUUUUUUGCCACAUUUUGCGGCGAACAGUCAACGACGAUUUCUUUGAGGGUUCAAGGUCAAUGCUAGUUGACAAAAAUAAAAAUCCCCAGUGGCAGCCAUCAAAGCUCGAGCUUGUUACCGAAGAAAUGCUGACCAAAUGUUUCGACAAAGUUGAUGAUGAUGAUUGGGAAUCUUUACAACUUCCUGCAAAAUCCAACCAGUCCUUCAUUUUGGAAUCUAAACUAUAGAACCUAGGUGGAAGAUGGUGAAGGCAAAUACAAUAAUAAACAUUUUCAUGAAUUAACGCAUGAUCUUGUAAGUGGGAGUCAGUCCGAAUAUUUUGUUGGUGUAUUUCAUUAUUCAUUCCCCCCAACUUAUAUUCAAUUUUCCUUUUUGUGUAUCUGGGUGUUAAGUAAAUUACACAUUUUUCUAGUUGGAAUAAUAUGAGAGUUUUUAUUAUUCAAUGUUUUG